AAAUAAUGCAUGUGUAAAUAACGUUAAGAAGUACAUGUAUGAUAUAAUAAAGAAGUCGGAGAUUUCGACUGUUCGUAAGAAACCUUUAUACAUGAAACUACAAUUCAACGGGAAUGUGGCUCUGAAAUACAGGUUAACGAAAGUAAUCAACAGAACAUUUUACGCAGCCAAUCUUGCGUUCACUUUCUCUUGUCGACCAGAGAUGUCUACUCAAACGAAGGAUAAGUUACCUGAAUUGGCCUCCUCAAUGUGCAUCUACAAAUUCAGCUGCUCCUGUGGAGAUAGCUAUAUCGCGCGUACUACCAGGCAAAUUAACCAACGAAUGAGUGAACAUCUACCAACUUGGUUUAUAAACGGCCAGAGAAAAACAGCACGCUGUUCAAUCCUGGCACAUCUUAUUGAUAGUGGUCAUGCGGUAGAUAAAUCGAAAUCAUUUCGAGUGAUCUAUCGUAUACCUGCAUCAUUUCUCAAUGGAGUUCAUUCCCGUCUCCUACAUAUAGCUGAAGCCAUAGGAAUUCAUACAUAUAACCCCAAUUUAUGUGUACAGAAGAAAUUUGUAACUCCCCUAUCCCUUCCAUGGCCAGUUAUAACUUAACUAACGGUUAAUUUUAUUUAUUUAUUUUUAUUUUCCUUAUUUUUUUCUUUAUUAUUAUUAUUAUCAUUAUUAUUAUUCUAUCAUUAACCUUAUUUACUCAUCCAUUAUUUGUUUGAAAUUAUCCGCCUCUUUCUGAUGUAUUCUUCACUAUCUAAGAUUAGAUUAUUCAUAUGAAUUUCUGGACAUUCGGAUACUCCUAUUAACAUAUUAUAACAUACAGUUUGUUAUAAAUAAUGAUGUUAUUUUGAGUCAACGGAACAUCACAUUUCUUCGAUUGCUUCAUUUACACUCCGAAACAAUCUUCUUCUCUCAGAUAUAAAUUCAUCCUAAAGUUAUUCUGUUAAUCAAUGUCAUUUAUUCUUGUAAUUCAUUCUUAAAUUAAACCCUCAUUAGUAUUCGUUAUUGAAUUUGUAGUGUUGGUUGAUAUGUCAAAACUACACA